UUGUUCUUUUCCUGUCAAACCUCCUCAUGGAAGAGUAGCCAACACGGCGAGUGACACCUCAUCAGUAUAAUUAUUAAUCUGUGAAUGAUAACGUUGCACAAUAAUAUAUUUCUUUAACACAUUGAUGCGUUGUAACAAAGACAGAAUGAAUUCCAUAAUCACAACAACUGUCUGUAUCCUGUUGUCAGUGUGUGUGAGUCAUGUAACCUCACAGGGUGCCCAUCCUCCGGGCGUUCCUCCCCCAAACAUGAACCAACAACACCAUCAACACCAAGGGCAAGCGCAGGAAAUCCAUGGAACUCAAGGCAGAAACGUUCAUCCAGAAGGCUUCGGAGUCAAUCCCCAUGAUGCUGAGCAUAUAAAGGAGCAUUUGAAAGACGUAGUAGAAAAACCCAAAGAAGAAAUGACAGAGGAAGAGCUGGAAUUCCACUAUUUCAAACUGCAUGAUUACGAUGGAAAUAACAAGCUGGAUGGGGUUGAAAUCACCAAAGCUAUCACGCAUUUUCACGACGAGGAGGGUGAAGGGGAAAAGGACCCUAACACUGCAACCGAUGCAACCGCUAAGGCAAAUGUGAAGGUUUUUACUGAUGAGGAAAUUACAAAUAUUGUUGACAUGGUUCUUAAAGAAGAUGAUUUGAACAAUGACGGGUACAUUGAAUAUAUGGAGUUUGUGACGGCACAGCGUAAGGCCAGAGGAAAGAACUAAACCACAAGAGUGAUCUCCCAUAGUCUUACAAAACUUGCCUAAAGUGACUUCAUCAUAUUUCAGAUAUAAUUCCAAAUAUUUUAUUAUCCAUGUGAUACUGUUACUUUAAUCAACAUUUUAUGGCGUCAAACUUAAUGCUUGAAGCACAAUUUAUAAUCUUGGUUCUGAAUGAUAUGCAUUACUCAAAACAUACAUGACAUGUUCCGCCAUCAGAGAAGAUGUCUUUAUUAUAAGGCCUAAACAUAUGUUUGUUUCCAAAUUUUGUGCCAAUUUUUUAAAGUAUAGUGGUAUUUCAUGUUGAAGUCUAUGCUGCCUUUCAUCGCAAAAUACUUUGUUUUCCAUCAUGUUUGCUACUCUUGGUCUUAUUUGCUUUCUGAAGGAAUAUUAGUGUUUGUUUUGGUUCAGUUUUGCAAGCUUUAAGAUUAUAAAUACUAAAUGUUGCAUAAACAUUUGUUAGUAUUCACAGUGUGUUUUUUUCACAACUUUUGGAAUGGGGCCUGUUUGCUUUGGAUUGGAGAAAACGCGUCUUUUUCACUAAAAUUGGGAAACUGGUGUAUUUUAUUUUUUGGCAAACAAAAUUUUAAAAAAUGACAAUACCGGUAAGUGUUUUCAAUAUUAUAUUUGUUUAACCCAUAGAGCUUCAUAUAGGGAAAACAGCUAAAAGUUGCAUGUUUGUAUUUAUGUGUUUUUGAAACCAUCCAUGUAAAUUUACGGCAGUCAUUUGGGGGAAAUAUAAACUUUUUGACAUUAGAAAUAGGACCGAAUAUUAUCCCCAAAAUUGACUGAAAAAACAACAGUGAUUCUUUUAUUGACCUCAUGGACAUUUUAAUUCUAAAGUGUCUAGUUUUGUCUUCAUAUCUAUCCUUCUUUGUACAGAACUUAAAAGAAACAAAAAGCUUUGCCUCUUUUUGAAUUUAAACAGAAACUGUUUAAAUGUACAAGAUAUGUGAUAAACUUAGGGAGCUGUUUCAGGUUAAGAUGUGUUUCAAAUGUUCAUUAAUUCUCCUGCUCAAAUACAUCAUAACACAAGCAUAUAAUAAUGAUAAUAUAACAUUUUAUAGUAGAACUGACUGAAAAUAUUGGUUACCUUAACUGGUGAGGAUGAUCAAUUUUGUCUUCAACCUUUUUUAUUUUGACUUACAAUACCUUAGUAUUAUAAAGAUAGUCACUCAGUUCUCACUAUACCUUAGUAUUAUAAAGAUAGUCACUCAGUUCUCACAAUACCUUAGUUAUAUAAAGAUAGUUGUUCAGUGGUAAAUUAACACUACUGAAAUUAUGUUUUCUAAUUUGAGGUUGAUUUUGUCUUGAUUAUACAGAUAUCAAAAGCGUAUUUGUUUUUUAAUUACUUUCUAACUUUGUAAAAUCCAAUUUCUUUUUAGAGUUAAAAGCAUUCAAUUACUGACUGUUUGAAUUUGUUCUAGUCGUAUAGCUUUGUCAAAACAUUCUGGUCUUAAUAUAUUCUGAAAAAAUAUUGUGUAUGCGUUAUUGUCUUAUAAGAUACAUGUAUUAGUUAGAAAUUUUUAGUUCCAUUAUCAUUUCAUGAAUGUAUUUAGUAAGCAGACUGGAUUUUAAUGCAUUUUAAAAUAUGGGCCUUGCUCUGUGAAAAAGGGGUUUAAAGCAUGUGUGUAAAGUGUGCAGAACACACAGGCUAAUCAGGGAUGACGCUUCCGGAGUUAUGAUAUUUGUCAUUUAAAGAAAGUCUCUUCUUAGCAAAAAUCCAGUUUAUCAGAAUUAGUUGUCCCUGUCUAGCCUGUACGGACUGCACAGGCUAAUCUGGGACGACACUGUCCACAUGCUUUAAGCCCCCUUUUCAUAUAGUGUGGCUUAUAUUUAUAUUCACAGUUACAAGAGUUAAAGCAUUGUCUGAUCAACAGUGUGUUGUAUAUAACUGUGCAGUUUUUUAUGUUAGUAUGAUGUUUAAGAGAAAUGUUAAUGGUAUGUAUUUGAAACAAUUGCACAUGUUUGAUCAUGCUAGCCAUUACUUUGUACUUCAGUACAUUUUGGUAUACAAUUCCAUAAGAAUAAUCAAUCAAUUUUAACGAGACAUGUUUUUAUGACUGGGCCAGCUUCCUCAUUUAGUUGAGUGCUGGACUACACAUCCCAGAAUUGCAUGUUUGAGUGUGGAUUCAGCCACAUAACUUGUGAUGUGAUAAGUCAAAAAUGUAUUAUGUGAUUGGUUAAUACAUUAUGAUGUGAUUGGUCAAAAAAUCUUGUGUAGGAGUAAAACCAAAUAAAAACAUACAUUUUCAUAUGUAUUUAAUAUAUUUUAAAUGUUUGCUUAAAGCUUUACAUAUUUCCCAUUUACACUUUUUUGUUUCUUUCAUAAUUGAUUUCAAGAUAUAUGUUUCAAGGGGUUUAUAAAGCAUCUUAAAAAUUACUACAUCAACUUAUUCUCCAACAGGGAAGUAUAAUUAUAAUCAUCAUGAAGUCUUCUUUUAAUGUUUUCAACAUAUUUCUAUUAUUUUCCUGUCAGCUUUUUUUAAAUUUGUGUCAUUCUAGUUCAGUGGAAUAUUAUUUGUGUCAUACUUCCCAAUCAAAAUGGACUUGCACUUAGAGGUAUUUGUAUAUAUUGAUUACAUCCUCAACAUAUUACAGUAAGCUUUCAUACUUGAUGAAGUGUGCUCAAAAAUAAAGUAGUAACUUACCUAAAAUGCAUAAUGAAAUUGACCUCUGUACAAAUCAACUAAGUAAAUUGCAUUAUGUUCGGUAUUUGUGCGGGCAUGGUAUUAUGAUUAAGUUUGUUACUGAUGAUAGAUUAUCAUUCAAGCUGCUCAUGUGUUGAAAUCCAUGUUGGAUAUUUACAUUCAGAUAUAUUAUUAUAAUCUUAUGGCAUGUAUGCAUGCAUUUGUAAGGUUAAAUGUGAAACUAUGUCACAUAAUGAAAUACUUGGUUUAUGUCAUUUCAUCAUUAUAUAGAAAUAAUCAAAUGCAUACAGAUUACCCAUUGAAUCUGUUUAUGUUAUUAGCUGUUUAAGUACUUGCCUAUAGUUAGAAACUUUGUACAAAUUAAAGUACUAGGAGUCAAACAUUAUUGACAGCAUAUUAUGUUUGCUUUAUCAGUACAUUUUUAUACUGUUGCAUUUAUAAAAGUUAUAGAAAAAUUCUUAAAUGACAGCAUAUUAUGUUAACUAUAUCAGUACAUUUUUAUUUGUGAGCAAAGCUCACAAAUAAUAUAGACGCAAUUUUGCAAAUCAGUAUGGGCUUAGCUAUGGUAGGAACCGUAACCCAUGACUGCCUGUGUGGAUAACUCCAGUAAAGCAGACGAUGAAUGCUAAAAGCCUCUGCUUUAACCACCGUAUCUACCUGUUCUCACUUGUACAGUACAUAGAGUUUAUUUAACAACUUGUAAGACAACGUUGGCCAGUCUAGUGUUUAUCAUUGAAAUCUGUACAUAUUUGCUGCUUUCAGGGAAAAUGGGGCUUAAUCAUGUCUAAUAAGAUUAGUCUGUGCACAACUGAUUAGCUGUAUCAAUGAUUUGAAAAAAAACAACACACAUCUCAACCUGUGUUUAAGACACACUCUUUAUAAAUUUGAAUGGGUUGUGAUCAUCUUGCGAUAUUAAAAGCUAUAACAUAAUUUUGAAAACUAAGUUGCGUCUAAGAUUAUACAACAGCGAACAAAUUCAGUGCCUUCAGCGCUUUGAUUAAACUGUUGCAUUUAUAAUAGUUCAUAAAAAAUCCUUAAAUGACAGCAUAUUAUGUUUGCUAUAUCAGUACAUUUUUAUACUGUUGCAUUUAUAAUAGUUAUAGAAAAUCCUUAAAUGGGUUUUCAAUCUUGUCAGCAUUUUCCCUGAAUAACCAUGAGGCUGCGUCAUGCAAAAAUGGGUCUUAUGCCUAGCCCAGACCAGCCUGCGCAUCCGCAAGGUCUGGUCAAGAGCUUUCAUGUCGGCCUUAAAGGUACGCAAGGUUUCAUGGUAUUAUUAGCAGACAGGAUGGCUCCUGACUAGACAGCGCUUGACGUGCUUGCUGGUCUGAAACUAUGCUGGCUGCAUAUGACAUAAGACCCACUUUCGCAUGAUGAAGAUCCUAUUGGAAAAGGUUUAUGAAUUUAAAAAAUUGUAGACAUUUAUUUUUGAUAUGGAUUGCACAAUGUUUCCUUUUAUUAAAAAAGUUGUGUAACCAAUAAAUAAGUUUGAUGGAAAUAAGUUGUUGAAAAGUUGUGAUUCUCAAUAAUUUUGUAAAUAAGAACUUGCUAAAAAGUCUUAAUGUUUCUCAUUUAUUUUUAACUAAGUAAUGGCAACAGUAAAAAUAAAAAAGAUAUCCACAAGAAAAAUAAAUUAUGUUAAACAUGUUUAAAUAUAAAUAAUAACUAUGAAGCAAUACGACCAUGGAAAACUUAGCAUUCCACUAUUUGUUUUGUUUUCAUUGAGAUGUUUGAUGUUAAAUAACCCAGAUAUAUCUUUAUAUAUUGUACUUGUUUAUGGUGAAUGAUUUUCUUCUUGUCUUUUAUUGAAGUGUCAAUGGUUCUAUGUAUUAAAGGAUUAUUUAAAGA